UCGCUUCAUGUGACACAGACUGAAGCCAAAACACUGCAAAACACGUGGGACAGAGUUUUUAUCAUGUCUUUACUGUAAUUUACCGUGAAUUAUAUUCAUCAAAUCGUUAUUAAAAGAUAUAUCACAGAAUUUAUCGAGAAGAAAUGGGCACUGGACAGGAAACUCAUCGAGCUGGAGCCUUCAAACAGACCAACAAGGCUCAUAAAACAGGAAGACACCGUAGCAAAGGUUCCAUCAGUAGUGCCGUUAAAGGAAAAGUUGGUGUCAAAUCAUUAACAAAACGAUUGAGAAAAGAAUUGGGAAAAGAAGCUCGUCGUCAUCAAUCUCAGCAGCUCAGGGCAAAAAAAAGGGAAGAAGUAUUGGUUGCCAAGAGAAAUCUUGGGGGAUCCUUGGCUGCACCGAUUUUGAUUACGAUUAUUCCCCUCCAGGAAGAUCUCGAUGUGAAGAGGGUUGUCAAUAAUCUUACCGGAGCAGAUGAGAAUGCUGAAGUGGCUGAAAGUCCGCAGGGACUCACUCAUAUUUCGAUCCCCAGAUUCAAACAGCGCUUCUCGUUGAUUGUUCCACCGGUAGGAAACACAUUUGCAACUCUAGAUGCAGCAAAAGUGUCCACUACACUUCUAUUUGUUACUUCUGUAGCCCUAGAAUCAUGUGGCAAUCAAAAAUCUGAGGCCAUUGAUUCCUGGGGAGAAGAAAUACUGGAGGCAUGCUUGGCUCAAGGAUUGCCUACCACGAUCAUUGCAAUCACAGAUCUGGAGUCAAUUCCUAUCAAAAAAAGGCAAGACGUGAAACAGACAACCCAAGAAGUCUUCUCAAAAUGGUUCCCGGAGGAGAAAAUCCAUCCGCUGGACAAGCCAGUGGAUGCCCUGAACCUUCUACGGAAGGCAGGAGCCCAAAAACAACGAGCUGUGGCUUACAGAAACCGAAGACCUCACUUAAUCGCUGAAAAACUUAAAUUUACAUCAUCAGGUGAAAACACUGGAACUUUGGAAAUAUCAGGGUAUUUGAGAGGUCAACCCCUGUCUGUGAACUCUCUCAUCCACAUCCCAGAUUUCGGAGAUUUCCAGAUGACUCAGAUCGAUGCCUCCGAUGAUCCUUACCCCUUAGAUAAGUCUAGGAAACAUGAGGAUGAACUUAAAAUGGCAGAAACGAGAGUUCUCGAGGUGGCAGAUCCUGCAACACAGGAAUCUCUGCAGUCUGAGAAUAUUCCAGACCCCAUGGAUGCUGAACAGACUUGGCCUACUGAGGAAGAACUUGCUCAGGCACAAGAUCAGAAGAAACGGAAAAUCGUCAAACGAGUUCCCAAGGGUACAUCAGAGUAUCAAGCUGCUUGGAUCCCUGACGAAGAUGGUGAACCAGACUCAAACCCGGACUCCACUCCGUCGGACGAGGAGAUGUCAAUAGCAGAUCCCCAAUCCGAAGACGAAGAAGACGAUGACCAACACCCAAACGAUGAUGAUUUCGAAACGAUGACCGUCUCGGAAGCGCCUCCCGACCACCAGAAGUACGACGAGGAGAUGGAUUUCUACGAGGAAAAAACUUCAAUGCAGAAGCUAAAAGAAUCUAAAACAGACGCCCAAUUUCCUGACGAAGUGGAUACCCCCCAGGACACACCUGCACGCAUCAGAUUCCAGAAGUAUAGAGGACUUGAGUCCUUCAGGACGAGUCCCUGGGAUCCACAGGAGAAUCUCCCCUUCGACUACAGCAGAAUUUUCCAGUUCGAGAAUUUUGAAAGGACGAGGAGGAGAAUCCUCAAGGAAUCCUAUGAUUCUGAUGGUACGCGCCCUGGAUGGUUCAUCACUCUUCACGUAAAAAACGUUCCUCGGAGCAUCUUCGAGGCAUUCUGCGCCUUGAACGACCGCCCAUUAAUCGUCUUCGGGCUUCUACCAAAUGAAAACAAAAUGUCUUUACUUAAUGUCGUCCUGAAAAGUAAAAUUGAUUCAUCUGAGCCGAUCAAAUCGAAGGAGCGGUUGAUAUUCCAGUGUGGAUUCAGGCGAUUCAGUGCUUGUCCUAUUUUCAGUCAACAUACCAAUGGAUCUAAACACAAGUUCGUCAGGUACUUGCAACCUGAAGACACCGUUGUAGCGAGCAUGUUUGCUCCGAUAAUAUUUCCCCCUUGUCCAGUGAUUUGUUAUAAGGAGAUGAAGAAUGGAAGUUUAGAGGUGGUUGGCAGGGGCAGUGUCCUGAGUGCUGAUCCUAAUCGAUUGGUCAUCAAGAGAGCUGUGCUCUCUGGGCAUCCAUUUAAGGUACACAAGAGAAGUGCUGUUGUAAGAUUCAUGUUCUUUGAGAGAGAGGAUAUCAACUGGUUUAAACCUAUUGGGCUCAGGACCAAGUAUGGGCGCAGGGGACACAUCAAGGAGCCUCUAGGAACUCAUGGGCAUAUGAAAUGCGUUUUUGAUGGACAACUCAAGUCUCAGGACACAAUUUUGAUGAAUUUGUAUAAAAGAGUUUUUCCAAAAUGGACUUACGAACCCUGUCUCAUUACUUCGGGAGCAUCCAAUGAGGAGAAUAUGAUGGAAUAAAUCAUGCUUUUUCAUAUUAGAAUUAUUUAAAAACGUGUAAAAUGUUAGAUAAACAUUAAUAGCCUUAUUUCUAAGAAUGAAAAAAUAAAGAAUUGAUUUUAUUAA